CAGCCUUAAAUGUUGAAAUAGGAGAACAUAUAAUAGUAGCCAUUCUCAACCCCAACACACACCUCCUUUCCCUCUUGGUAAGCUGUUGCAAUUAAUAAGAAACCCCCAACGUAGAUAAAACAGACCGUAAAUGGCAGCAGCAGCAGAUUCUGAAUGCAAACGCAGCCUGGAUAGAAGGCCCUCGUCUUCGUCAUUUCGUCUACGCUGCUCCAGUCUAAACUCACUCCGUCUGCGACGCGUAUUUGAUAUCUUUGACAAGAACCGCGAUGGCCUCAUCACUGUCCAAGAGAUCCAUCAGGCCCUUACUCGUCUAGGCCUUGAAACCGAUGUUUCAGAUCUAGAUUCAACCAUCAGGUCGUUCAUAAAGUCCGGUAACAUCGGCCUCACGUACGACGGGUUUGUUGCUUUGCAUGAGUCAUUGGACCAAAGGUUGUUCGGGUUGGAGAUGGAGGAGGAGGUUGCAGAAGAGGAUGAAUCAGAAUCAGAUUUGACGGAGGCGUUUAAAGUGUUCGAUGAGGACGGGGAUGGGUAUAUAUCGGCGGAGGAAUUGCAGGCGGUGUUGGGGAAACUGGGAUUGCCAGAAGGAAGAGAGAUUGAUAGAGUGGAGAAGAUGAUAUGCUGCGUUGACCAAAAUCAUGAUGGUCGUGUGGAUUUCUUCGAGUUCAAGCACAUGAUGCAGAGCGUUGUCGUCCACACCUCCUGAUUGGAUCGGAUCCCAUCCCCUUCUUUACACAAUUUCUUUCUUUCUGUUGUUAAUUUCGUUUAUGAAUUUGUGUGCUGCUCCUCGUCGCUGUCUUGCCCAACAUUCUUGUACUUUUAUAACCCAGUAAUAUUACGAUGAAAUUAAUUUUACGAUA